AUGAAAAACAAUAGUAUGAGCCGAGAAGAGCUUGAUGAUCGCUUUAAUCAAUGUUUGAGGAAAGCAAUGAAUGAUACGAAACAACUUGUAAAAGGUGAAAUAAGCGAGGAUGAAUUAGGUUAUUUUAUCAUUUUCCUCUCUUUUCGUUAG